AAUAACGCCUCUUGCUUUUACCGGUGCCGCCAAUAGUUUUCUGUUCUCCUUGGGCAUUUUUAUUAUUUUGUUGUAUUAAAUUAUUUGCACGAUGCCUUCCAGACUGCAAGCCAACAUGAGCUAUCGGGAGGUUAUCCCGAGGAAUCUCAGUCCGGCAGAAUGGAUCGAGGUGAAGAUAAACACGGGAACCCAGAGCACACUGCAGGACCUCAAGACUUUCGAAACCUCAGGUGGCUACUGCUACAAAAGCAGGAAAAACGUACAAACCAGAAACCGCUUCAUAUAUUGGCGCGCCUACCAAGAUGUUUUGGAACUCUCCGAGGUCAGCUUGGACAUCUCCCUGCAGAGGAAUCAUUUGCGCCUGCGAUUCACAGACUCCGCCGUACUGAAUGUUUCUUUCACGGAGCAGGCCAAGUCUAUGACUCUACUGGUGGUUACUGUCAGCAGUGUGCAUCGCUAUGUUUUCCCCCUGAAGAUCGUUGGACAGGAUGGAACGAAUACAUCCUCUGAGAAUCUGCUGUCCCAGUCAAUUUUCUACGACGUCAACGAGAAGAUCAACGAUCCCAACACCUUCUAUGUCAUGGAUAGCUUUGGGACGAUGCCAAACGUGGCGGUUUCAUAUCUCUCGCAAGACUCCGAGACAGCCUACUUUGCGGUAGCCUACCAGAGCAAACUUUUGCUGUACAUAAUGAACUGUGAAACUGGAAACACGGUCACCCACGAAGUCAAGGAACCGCAUCUUAUGCCUCGGUUCCUGUCUAAUCUCAAGGGGGCCCUCACUGGCCGGUCAGAUACGCAAGAGGCAGCUACAUCCAUGGCUUUCAGCGAAAUCGAAGAGGCUAUUUUCAUUCUUGUUCUGUACCGAAAUAAUGAGCUGCGACUGUGGUCAUUGGAUAGCCUGCAGACGAUAGCUAGCAUUAAUUGCUCCGCCGGAUCGGGGCAGGGAGGCUCAGGAGCUCAGGGACCUCAAAGCAAUCAGCUACGCAAGAUUAGCGAUCAGAACUUCUGCUUAUUCCUUUCCAAUGACAUUCGAUCUGAGUUCAUUUGCGUGAGCAUCGUGCACGAUGCCAACGAAGCCAGCGAAAUCAAUUUGGUGCAGAAUUCUGUAUUGGCGCCAAAAAUGGAUCUGGUCGACUUUGAUGCCACAUCCUCGCAUAUUUGGGCCCUAUGGAGUAACGCUGAAGGAGAUUUCCAAGUCUCAGCACUUUAUUUAGGUUCCAAUAAUGCAAUCAAAUGGGUUUCUGCUGCUCUGGAACCUCCACCGGAUCGCUAUUGUCUCUCCUUGGAGCAGGGGCUAGAUCCGCGUGAGACUUACUGUAACUACAUCUUUCAUCCUGGUCGGUUUGAUCGAAAUGUGAUUGCCAAAGCAUUAUAUAUGUUCAGACGAGUUAACAUGCAGUUUGAUGUGAAACAGCUUUCAAUGGCAAUGCUCAAGGAACAGGUUUGCCAGGCCGUGGAAGACGAAAUCCAAAAUGAACUUAAAGACUUUGUGGUCACCGACGAGGAGUACUUAGAAAAAUCCACACGUCUAUGGGACCGAUUCUACUCCUGUUGCGAACAGUAUCAUAUCAAGUUCUCCGAGCCGACAGGUCUUGCGGUUCUCGGUGGAAUGGAUGCAGUGUGCUUAGUUAGAAGACAAUCUUUUGCACUGCUGCGUCCUUGUGAAGUCCUCGAGCAUUUAUUGCUCAUCGGCGAGCACAAUGAAGAAGUAGCCACAUAUGUGGCUCCACUGUUUCGCAACGAUCCCGAAAUGGCCAACGGUUUUGUUGACCUUAUGAAUGUGGUGACGCUUCUGGAUAAGCUAAUUUCGGAGGAUAUUAAAACCGAUUUAGAUAAACAGCUCUACCAGCGGAAGUCACCACUCGAGUUGAUAUCAAAUCUGGUAGCUAGGAUUACGGUUGGGGAUGAUAUUGGACCGAUGUUGCCAUCAAACUGUGUGAAGCAAAUUCAUCAAAAGCUUCAUGAAAUUCCAAAUCUAAAGCCCGCUCUAGAGACGCUGCUCGAUGUGCUGUGUAUGAUUGAUCCAGAUGCGCCGCCACAUGAUUACUCCCUUUCUACGCGAUUUUUGCAGCCGUCUGGUGCUCUAAUGGGCAGCGAGUAUGGACUUUCCAUCUUGUCCGAAACCGUUAAACAAAUGGCAAUGAUUAGGUUUUCUGUUUGCAGAAAUCUUUUGGUAUUGCAGUACAUGGUUUAUGGUAAAGACGGGAUGAACAGCAGUAACAUGCUAACAAACAUCAGUUAUCUUAACUCGUAUUAUACCUUGCUUUGGAUUGCCGAAACGCCGAUUUCAUCGAAUGCACCUGCUGGAUUCGAGGCUUCCAUUCAACGUCUAAGUCGGGCGCAACUGUUCAGUGGCUAUACACGACCAUAUUCUAGCCAUUUGCGCAAUCACAGCAAUGACCAGACCACUCUGCUAGGGCUAUUCCUGCAAUCCAAGGGGCUAUUUAGCGCUCUGUCCAUGUUGCUGAAGGCUGACAGCAUGCAGUUGGAGUCGGACCAAUCAAAUCUUCGCCAGACUCUUCUCCAACUAGUUGGUUACAUCAAUAAGAUGCUCUGGCCAGAGUCUCCGAUUUACGUGUUUCCAGAAUGGUUGUUCGGGACUUGCCAUCACAUUAUUGUGCAGGACUACGUGCGCAUCUUGUCAAGCUGGUGUUCUGUGAAAGCACAUGCCAGACGCUUUAUGCUAGCAGUUUCCCUGUUGGAUUGUGGUGAGGCUUAUAAAGCCGUGCCUCUCUUCCAGCAAACAGCAAAAGGCGUUGUGGAGGACGACUUCCUCUUCGAGCAUGUUUUAAAAAACACUCCGUUGUAUAGCAAACUGCAUGAAAGCGUCAGUCUGGGUGAAAAGGUCUCCGCUGAAGACACAAAACUUGCUACCGUUCACUAUUACUUGAAGGUAAUACAACUUUUUGAGCAGCAUUCCGCACUGGAUUACAUUAUCGAACUGGCCCAAAUGGCCAUGAGUGGGCUUGAGAGUGAUGAUCCUCAGCUGCCCAUGUUUCAAUCGAUUGUGUUUAAUAAUCAUUUGCAAUUGGGUCACUACGAGGAGGCUUACUACGCCUUAAUCUACAAUGCCGACAUUUCAAGGCGGAAGGAUUGUCUUCGCCAAUUGGUCAUAACACUGUUCCAGAAUAAAUGCCUGCCCCUGCUCAUGCAGUUUCCCUAUGUGGGAUUGCAGGACGAGUUUGAGAGCAUUGUAGAAUCCCGAGCAAGGUCAAUGAGUAUAGAUCAGAACGACGUUUAUAACUUUUUGUAUGCCUUCCAUACAAACAGGGAUAACAUGAGAAAAGCGGCCAUGGUUAUGUACGAGCAAGCCAUGCGCUUUCAAGUAGACAGCGAUGCCCCAAACGCUUUGGAAAAACGAUGCUCCUCGCUUCUGAUUUGCCUAAACAGUUUGCACUUAGUCGACAGUCAAUACAGGUGGAUUGUCAAGCCUGCAAUUGGCGAUGAGAGAGUAUCUGCCAUGGAUCAAGACAAUGACGAUGGUGAGCCUUCGGCUGAUGAGGAUAAAUGCGGUCAGGACGUGGUUGUCUUAGAGCUGGCUGAUAUCCGAAGGGAAUUAGUGCACGCCGAAGCUUUACACGAGCUCUCACAUUUCCGCAAAGAUGCCGCUGCCUAUGAGCGGUCGUCACCAGAGGAGUUGUCUUACCUUUUGGCUAGUUGUGGUUUAUAUUCGGCCGCUUUGAAACUCUCCCGCGGGCACUCAUUUUCCGUACUUCCCAUAUUUGAGAGUUUGACCGUGGCUUGCGUCGCUGCCACUGAGGACAAGGCCGUGGAUGCCUGGAAUUGGCUGCAAAACAACGACAUGGCAGAUCUGCCUCAUCGAAGUAAUGCUGCAGACAUGGCCUGGUCAUUGCUUCAGAAACUGAUUUUAGAUAACGAAGCAAAGGACUCAACAUCCAUAAGAAAGUGCGUUGUCCAAAGGCUGCUAAUUUUAAAUGCUUUCGUUCCGCAGUGGCUGGUAGAGUCAUACAAGUUAUCGUAUUCCCGGGAGCUUCUCCAUUUGUUAGUCAAGCACAACCGUCUCUUGGAAGCUGCCGAUCUUGGUUGUGAAAUGAUUGCAGGCAUGCUGGGAGCUGGCAGCGAAUACUUCGACUUUAAGCUCUCAGUGAACGUAACAAAUCCACAGCUUUCCUUCCCCAUCAAUACUAUUGAUCUACUGCUGCACGCACUAAAGAUUAAUGGCAAGGAGGAUAUAGAAUAUGAAAUGGCUCAUAUCAAACUGGAGGAAGAGGUUCACAGAUAUAUCAAGACCAUAAUGCGCACCACCGAGGAUAAGGUGGGUUUGGCCAUCCUGCAGCGUCGAGAGGAACGUCGGCAGCAAUUACUCCAAUAGUUUGUUUAUUCGGUUUAUUUUAUAAGUUUCUUGAAUUAAAGUCUAAAAUAUGUGUAAA